AAAGCAAAGGGCGUCUAUGAUGUUAUCUUCCACAACUACGGGCUCUCCGAAAACCAGGUACCUUCAUCAAUUGCGAUAAAUGGUUCCUAUUGUUAUGAUUACAAGAUCAACUGCAACUGAUGAUUCGUGGCUUUAGCAAAACUCAUAAUUGGAAACGCCAUUCUUUUGGAAGGUACCUUCAUCAAUUGCGAUAAAUGGUUCCUAUUGUUAUGAUUACAAGAUUAACUGCAACUGCAUCAUCAUUCACACACUACAACAAUAAGGGUACCCUAAUUCCAUUGGGCUCUCUUCUGCAACACAAACACAAUGCUUUCCUUUCAUUCCUCAACUCGUUCGCUUCAUCCACCUCUUCUGAUUCUGAAUCAGAUAAAAACUACCAUAAAGGUGACACCUUUACAGUGUCUUACCUCGUUAACUCAUGUGGGGUGUCCCCGGAAUUGGCUAAGAAACUCUCCAAAAAUGUGCAUUUGAAAAACCAAGAUGGCCCAAAUGCUGUUCUUGAUCUUCUCAAGACCUAUGGGUUCUCCGAAACCCAUGUUGCAAAUCUUGUGGCUAAAAAUCCGAAGGUGCUUACUGCAAAGGCAGAUAAUACCUUUUUGCCUAAACUAAAGUUCUUUCGUUCCAUUGGGGUUUCCAACACUGACAUGCCUAAGAUCAUAAUCCGUAACUACAUUAUUUUGUGGAGAAGUUUGGAAAAGCGCCUCAUCCCACGUUAUGAGUCACUUAGAAGUGUAGUUUGCAGUGACGAGGAAGUUGUUAGAGUUUUGAGAAGGGGCCAAUUUACUUUUGGAUAUUCUGACAUGAGGAAUGAUUUGGUUCGAAACAUUGAGGUUUUGAGGCAAUGUGGUGUGCCACAACCUUCCAUUUCUCUCCUUGUGAUCCAUUAUCCCUUCGCCCCGAAUGCGAAGCAUUCUGAAUUUGUGGAAGCUGUCAAGAUAGUUGAGGAAAUUGGGUUUGAUCCUUUGAAAACAACUUUUGUCCAAGCUGUCCAAGUGCUUUUAGGUCUGACUAAAGCAAAAUGGGAGUCGAAAUUUGAGGUUUAUGAGAGGUGGGGCUGGGACCGCAAAAUGGCCCUUCGAGCAUUUAGAAAGUUUCCCAAUUUUAUGAAAUUGUCAGAGACGGUGAUUGCAAAAAAAAUGAAUUUUCUGGUGAAUGAUAUGAGUUUGGCAUCAGAAGACAUUGCUGAUUAUCCUCCAAUUCUGGCCUACAGCUUGAACAAGAGGAUUAUCCCUAGAUUCUCAGUAGUUAAAAUCUUGACAUCGAAAGGUCUGCUUAAGAAUAAUUUGCACUUUAGUUCCUUCUUAUGGUUAAGUGAGGAAAAGUUUUUGAAGAAAUUUGUCAACAAUUUUCAGAAAGAUUUGCCUCAUUUAAAAGAUGACUACACAGAUUUGAUCAAUUGUGAGAAUGUGAUAUAGUCUCUUAAGGCUUUUGCAGACUAUUGUUCUUACUUCCAACUUUUCUAUUUCAAUACUAAAAUUUUAAAAUUUCUGUUCCAACAUUUUGACUUUCUGUUUCAUUUUUCUUGGGUAGAGGUACAUUUGAUCGGAUUUAUAGGAUAUUGGUUGUAUAAUCAAGUAUUGAUGAAUUUUAACUUAUUUGCUGUCUUUUGUUUUAAAUAUGUUUAUCUCUUAUGGGAAAUGUGUUCCAUCCCUGCAAUUUAUUCUAGUAUUACAUAACCACACUGUACUUUUUGUCCGUCCAUUUAAACAAAAAUGACCUGUGAUAGACUUUUCUACCAUUAAAACUAUCUUUGAGCUAGAGUGUACAGAGGGGAUAAAAAACCAAGUUUAUUUAAUUUGAAAUUGAGUGAAAUUGCACUUAAUUGUUCUACUAUUACAUAUGUUUAAUAAAUGAGUUCUGU